GUACGGGUUCAGUUCAAAAUAAAUGUUUUUGAUAGCAGUCUCUUUAAGAAUUUCUUUUCUAACUAUACUUUUUUCAGUUUGUAAUUCGAUGGAUUAAAAGAUAAUUUCUGAUACUGAAUGUUAAAUUAAAUAAUGAAGUUUUCAUACAAAUUUAUAUUACCUUAUAUUUGUCUUAUACUAUUUGGUAUACAAUGUGGAGGGUACAAGAUCCUUGCCGUGUUCCCAAUCCCUGCAGGCAGCCAUGAGAUACUCGGGAAUGGAGUAGUCAAUCAUUUGCUCAAAGCUGGACACGAGGUAACCUACAUAACACCAUUUCCUAAAAACAAAACUAUUCCAAAUCUACGAUACAUAUCCGUCGUUGACAAUAUCGGACAUCUUAAUGUUAGAUUGAUAAAUCUAAAACUUCUAAUGUCUAGAAACAUACAAAUGGAUCAAGACAACAUCUUCGAUAUGAUGAUGAACCUUACGAAGAAUACUUUAAAGAAUAAAAACGUAUUAUACCUACUUAAUGAUCCAAAUGAGAAAUUUGACUUGGUGUUAACUCAGUGGACGUUCAACGAAGUGUCUAGCGGAAUAGCAGCUGCAUUUAAUUGUCCCUACAUUUGGUUCUUCCCUUACGAACCUAGCUAUAUCUCUUUGGCUCUGAUCGAUGAGGUAACCAACCCAUCUUAUACAGCAAAUAUCGAAAUGAGAGAUAUACCACCUUUCACCUUUUGGCAGCGCUUGCAACUACUGAAAUUCCAGACUUGGAAGAUAUGGAAUAAUUACUUCUACCAUCGACACAUAGAGAAGGAAGUAUUCGAUUACACUUUCAAACCAAUAUUAAGAAGGAAGAACAGAACUUUACCACAUUACGAAGAGUUACGUCUCAACGCUUCUCUGAUCUUUGGCAAUUAUCACGUAUCUAUGGGUCAGGCAAUAAGGUUGCCACAGAACUAUAUACCUAUCGGUGGUCAACAUAUCGAUGAAGUUGUACCGACAUUGCCUAAAGAUUUGAAAAAAAUCAUGGACGAAGCAACAAAUGGAGUCAUAUACUUCAGUAUGGGAUCAAAUUUGAAAUGCAAAGAUCUUCCAGAUUCAAUAAAACAAGCAUUAUUGAAAAUGUUUAGUCGCUUGAACCAAACCAUAAUAUGGAAGUUUGAAGAACCAAUACCUAAUAUACCUAAAAAUGUCCAUAUUUUACAAUGGGCACCGCAAUUAAGUAUUUUAGCUCAUCCAAACUGCAUUCUAUUGAUUAGCCAUGGCGGUCUACUAUCAAUGAACGAAGCUAUACAUUUCGGAGUACCGCUUAUUUCAAUACCCGUGUUUUACGAUCAUUUGUACAAUGCUGACAAAUCCGUUAGUAAAGGAAUUGGAGUCAAGGUUGAUCUCACUGAUAAUUUAGCUGACAACCUAAAGGUUGCUAUACAUGAAAUCCUAAAUAAUCCCAUAUACCGAGAACGUAUGAAAGAAACUUCCUUUAUCUACCACCAUCGUUUGGCACCACCAGGUCAAGUUCUGGUUCAUUGGGUGGAACACGUAAUAGCCACCAGAAGAGCCGUGCACCUUCGUUCACCAGCUCUCCUGGUACCCUGGUACCAGAAGAUGUAUUUGGAUCUAGCGCUGCUGUUAUGUCUAGGAUUAGUACUUAUUUUAUGGAUUCUACGUAAAUUGUAUUGUUUUAAUUUACAGUAUAAAGUUAAAUCAAAACAAUUAUGA